GUGGUUUUUCUCGAGCCUCGAGGUAAUGAAUCUGGUAGAGCAGGAGACCAGGAAUUCGUGAAUUUUGUAGACACGAAUCCGUCAGUGGUGAUGACUACGCUGUCUGUUCGUGCCUGCACGGAUUUUGCUGUGGCGUCGUCUGGUAGCUGCUCAUCGCUGCUCGUUCCAAAGAAUGGAGUGGGAAGACAUUUGUAUCAUCACAAUUUUCACAGCGCUUUGCGCGGACGGGGUGUCGAGAACAGGCCAUGGAAUUUGAAAAAGUGUUUCCCGGUCUCAUUGGACACCAGUCUUCAGCAACAGAAGGUAACGACAUUGGCUGUCGCUGGAGGUAGGAAAGAGGUGCAAUAUCCACCUGCAGAUUAUGACUUCAGAGCAGAGGUCGCGGAGGAUACGUCUCUGGUUGUGGGAUCAUCGUUCCCGGAGUUGAUGGAUUUGGUAGAGAAUGGAACUUUGGUGGUGGUAAAGCGGCCGAAGGACUAUGUCGAGCGCAGAAGUGAUGGCUACAGGGAGCCUGAAAUGGUGUUCGUGGUGGGCACUGCACACAUGUCGGUUGUAUCGGCCACAGAGGUGGAGAGGGUCGUGAAGGCUGUUCGUCCGGAGAAUGUGGUGGUCGAAUUAUGUAGAAGUAGGGCUGGUAUCAUGUAUGACGAGCCAACAAUCAAAGGGAGCGACUCGGUCGACGGGGAAGAAAUUCGAGGAACACAAAAGGAAAAGAAUUUAAUGUCCAUGAGUGGAGAGAAUUUUGGAGCAGCCAUGAGUCGUAGUCUCAGACUGGGAGGCAGAUCAGCGCUAGCUCUGAGGCUUCUUCUCGGUGGGUUGUCUGAAAAAUUGUCCAAAUCCGCAGGAGUUUCAACCGGAGAAGAGUUCCGCGCAGCGCGCAGAGCAGCUGAGGAGAUCGGGGCGCAGCUCGUUCUUGGAGACCGGCCAAUAGAAGUGACACUGAAAAGGGCUUGGGAAGCGCUUCAGUGGGAUGAGCGGUUUCGUCUUGCAGGGAUCUUUGUCCAGGCCAUGAACUCCUCUAAGCUUGAUGCAUCUGAAGAAGUUCUUGCGGCGCUUAAAUCGGAUGAUGCCCUGUCCCAAAUGUUUUCUGAGAUGGGUACAAGGCUUCCUUCCUUACUACAACCCCUCAUAUACGAAAGAGAUAUGUACCUGGCCUGGUCUUUGAAGCGAAGCAAGGCUGUAAAUGGAUGUUCCAGAGUAGUUGGAGUGGUAGGCAAGGGUCACAUGCGUGGAACUGUGUACAACCUGAAGCACAACCAGGACAAUUUGCGAUUUAGUGAUCUCGUAGGCUCUCGAAGCCAGGAGGAUACAGCUUCUAAAACUGUUAAGUUUUUCAAGAGCUUGUUGAUCGAAACCGCUGUAGGGGGGCUCAUCUGGCUCAUAUACCAAAACACAAUCGGCAAAGGAACUUGAUAAGGAUGAAUGAUCUCCUUGAGGUGUAAAUUGAAUUGAUGUACGAUAUUUUUAUCAGUCAUAAUCUUAGUUCGUUCAUAAGUUUCGGCUGCUCUCUCAACUCUCUUGCCAUCAGAGGACUAACAAUCAAUCCCGUCAAAGCAUGUGUCGAAACUCGCACACUCUUGACAACGUAAGUGCAGUAUUGUCCUGCUAAGAAGUUUCUGAAGAGUAGAGCCUGCACUUACACUUCCCAAUGACAGGAAAGCUCUUUGAGAAACGUCGCUGUGUUUCCAUGUCUCGACUACAAACCUAAUUUUUAGUGAUUAGUGUCGGGUGACAACUAGUUCAGCAUUUCGCUUAGCCAUCGAAUUCCGCCUUUGUGACUCAUAUUCAUAAAUUGUAACCAACUAAAUGUUGAACUUGAGAUGUUUGAGCACAAGACUUAUAAUUUAGACAAGUUUACAUGUGCUUAAAUUUUUUAAACAACCAAAUACGGGAAUUGUUAGUUAGUAUUAUUUUUCGUUGGUGUAAAAAUGUAAAAUUUUAUACAUUUUUGGUCGAAUUGUAUCAGAAAUGUAAAAAUGUAUCGUUGCAC